GAAAAAAAGACUAGCCGUGGAUGCAUAUGCCUUAAGAUGAUGAGUCGCUCUCUUAGAUUUGUUCUUUUUCCAUGUUUCUUGUUCCAUGGUUAUGACUGCUCUCGUGAAGAGACAACAGCCAUCGCCAGCAAAGAUGUCCAAAACCGUCAACACUGCACUUAUUCAGCUUUGGAUAGGCUGGACAUUUUUGAUAAAAAGGGAAUCAAAUUAAUUUCUGAAGAGUGGAAUAUGAACGGUCAGGUUAUAGCCUUCAGAGACUAUCCGAAUGCCUCGGAAUCAGACAACAACACGGUGGUGCGCUUAUCUAGAGGGAUAAUUACCCUCGUUUAUGGCAUGAGCCUCAACUACUCUGUCCUUUAUGAAGACACGAAUACAAAAUCAGCGGAGGAGAGUAUGGUGUUUUCUGGUGAAAUGUGUCGUCGUGGAGACGUCCCUGGCCGCUGGAUAAUUCCCGUUUCUGUGCUCAUCAUCCUUGCUGGUAUUGCUGCUGCCAUUGGAGUCCACUGCUGGUGGAGGAGGAGGAAGAGGAACCGGUGCAUCCUGUAGGUUGACUGGAAGUCACAUGACUGGAAGUUUCCGGAAGGACUGGUUGCUUCAGACUCCUGCCUCCCCAAGACCCUGUCUAUUCAUCGUUCUGUCACUGGUUACCUUCGGUUACCUUCGGUUACCAUAUUUUCCACUUAAAAAUGCAUCUUCUUCAUUUUCUGUCAGCUACAGUAUGUGCAAAUCAUCUCAGCCAAAGUUGUGUCAUCCCCUCAGGCUACUGACUCUAUUAGCAAUAUCCCAUCUUACUACUAGCUGAAUGGCAGCAGCUUAUCUUGCUAUUGGCUGAAUGGCAACAAUUUCUCUUGCUAUUAGCUGAAUGGCAACAACCUCUCUUGCUAUUGGCUGAAUGGCAACAACCUCUCUUGCUACUGGCUGAACUGCAGCAUCCCCUUUUUCUAAUGGCAGUGACAUGUCUGGCCAUUUUCUGUAUUACCCCUUCAGUUCUGCGAUGUUGCCGUUUAUACCACCAAAACAGCUGCAGGGCCCAUUUUAAUUCAGUUGAAGAUGCUUUAUUGGCAAGAAAUCCUCUGAGUCAAUGUUGCUAUGGUGUAAUUUUACCCUUGUCCCCCUCCCCCUCACCUUGUAUUUCUCUGUCACUGUCUUCCCUGCAGGGUGGGAGAAGGUUCAGGCGAAGAGGAGGCGUGGAGCCUUUGGAAAAAAAUAUUACUUUUUAAAAUGUAAUAUGUAUUACUAAAUAUUUUCAUAUUUGGAUUUUUAAAAAUAUAUUU